UACAUGAUUUCGUACCUUGUUGACAUUGAAAACCUGGCAACGUUGUGAAGCAAACUCGUGAAGCAAGAGAAAAUAACAACAUCUUAGAAUUUCACAAUACUUGAUUAAUUUCUGACUAUGGGAUUAUUAUUAUUGAGAAAUCUGGAUUGCUAAUGGGCCAAGAGAUUAUUCCUGUUUGCCACAUUUGAUUUCAUUAAUGGGAGACAGUUAAGAAAUGGAUCAAGCGGAGAACAAAAUGGAGAAACUUGAAUUUGGAGAAUGGAAACUCGAACGCCUCCUGGGCUCUGGUGCUUUUGGUAAAGUACUCUUGCUGAUAAAUAGACAAACAGGAGAAAAAAUUGCUGUCAAAAAGAUCCAUCGAGAUUCUCCCUUUGUCGCCGAUAACAAUUGGGACAAAGAACUGGACAUUCUCCAUCAUUUAAAACAUCCAGGAAUAGUUGCUUCUCUACCAGUUCCUCCAGAUCUUGGAUCUUUAAGUUGUGAUGCACCCAUUCUCUGUAUGGAAUACUGCAAUGGAGGGGAUCUUCGUCAAGUACUCAACAAGCCAGCCAAUUGUUGUGGAAUUCCUGAAAAGGAUGUUCUAGACAUCUUACGUGAUAUUUCCAGUGCUGUUGUAUACCUUCAUUCAGUCAAGGUAGUACAUAGGGAUAUAAAACCAGAGAAUGUGGUCAUUCAACAGACAGAGGAAAAGAAAUUUUACAAACUGAUUGAUUUGGGCAUGGCAAAAAAUUUGAACAAACAAAGUCUUUGCCAUACGCUAGUCGGAACGUUGCAGUAUUUGGCUCCCGAGCUUUUUAGCUGCGAGAAGUACAACAAUACCGUUGAUUAUUGGAGUUUGGGAGUCGUCAUCCACGAGUGUAUUACAGGAGUUCGACCAUUUCUCCCUGGCCAGCCCCCUGUUGUUUGGAUGCAGCACGCGGAACGGAAAACGCACAGUGAUAUUUGCAUUUAUUCACACCCAAGUGGUGAAAUUGUUUUCUCCCCAAAGUUAUUUAAGGAAAAUCAUUUGAGCAGUGUCGUGCAGGCGCAAAUGGAAGAGUGGUUGAAAUUGAUGUUGGAGUGGAACCCUGCGAUGCGAGGUCGUCAUUGGGUACCUGAUGCUAGUCGUCCACCAGGACCUAUCGUGGCUUUCGGCUUAUUAGAAAAGGUUCUAACUACUGAGGUUGUAUCCAUUUUCUGGGUCGAGGGCCUUGCUCUUUUAUCCUACACUGUCAGCGACGACGUUACCAUGGAGACAUUCACGGAGUGGAUCGAACGUGACACCGGUAUCAGCCCCCGAUAUCAAUUGUUGGUUCUCCCAAGAGGAUAUGCGUCGGAUUCAGGGAAAAGCGCUAGGCAAUUUUUCGGCAGUGAGGAGCUCGGGAAUGUUUGCCUAUUCUCCAAGUUUAACGACGGAUCGGAAUGCAAGUUGACGCAAGUAUAUCCGGAAUUCCUGGAGACUAUGCUAGCGAAUCCAAGAGAGGAAUUCGAGUACCGAAUUCAGAAACGAAUGUGGGCUCAGUCUGUCUUCUUUAUCAAUCAUCAGGCGACACUUUACCGAAAGCUGAAUCACGCUCUGAAAAUUCAUUCAACGUACAUGACGGUGAGAGCGUCACUGUUGAAACAACAAACUGAUUUUAUCAAUGGGGCCCUUCGUCACGCCGUUUCACGUCACGAUCUUUUCACCAGCAGCUUGAAACAAGACCAGUAUAAUUACAAGUUGCAAGCUCAAAGAGGAGGACUGCCCUCUUGUACUUUGCUUGAAAAGUGGAACAAAGAAGAAGUUACUUUGAGCAACAAGUUGGCUGAAUUGCAAUCGAGAUGCACCACGUUGGAACAAGUGGUUCAGCGCACGGUAUCUGGCGUAGCCGAAGCUGCUAAAUUGGCUGGGGUUUUCCUAGCCAAACCCUCCGUCGCCUUGGAUAACUGUAGCCAAUUAGCUCUUGAACUUUAUAGUAACCUCCAGAAACGUUCGGCAGAGCAGAAACAGCAAAUGGAGAAUAACGUGGCCAUGACUAAAGUCGUGGUAAAGGCAUUUAAAAACCGUAGCCAACUCUUCACCGAUUGUUUCACUCAAAUCAGAGUGGUGGAGAAGGCUUCGGCCGACGUGGACAGCUUUUUACCGCAGCUAAUUGUUCUGAAGAAUGAAAUAGAUCAGUUUCAGGAUCAAAUUUUCGUGUUUCAAACCUCACGGCAGAACGAUGUUUGGACCCUGCUCGAACGCGCUGUUACGCUGUGGCAGCGCACGUCCAUGAUAAAUCAACCGCAUGCCGCUAGCGAGCCCAGCCUUCUCAAUAUCCCAAGCUUAAGUCUGAGAGAGGAUGAAGCUCGUGAAUCAAUGGUCGUCAUUCAAGAAAACCAAAGUUUGCGCUACCAAAUUCAGGACACACUCAGCCGAGGAUUGAGCGCAACUUGUAACACGACACCGCAUAGAAUUGAUUGGAAUUUUUUGAAUGACUAGCACAGCGUAAUUGCUGUAUUUUUCAUAUUGUUAUUUGAUUUCAUUUUACAGACUCUAGUUGUUACUUCUUUGCAAUAACUGUAGGUGCCUUUUUUGUGUGUGUUGGCAACCAAAGGAUGUUGGGUUUGUUCUGAUAUAAACUUCUUGUUUUAUCUUC